AUGCCACGAGCUAAGCGAUCCAAGGUCGUCUCCCUCACGCGAACCGACAAAAAGACAAAGGAAGACAAAGCCAACCUCAUCGACAAGGUUCGAGAUGCAGCGCAAGAAUUCCCCUACGUGUGGAUCCUAGGCCACCAUUCUAUGCGCAACAACUACCUCAAGGAGGUGCGCGAUCUUUGGAAGGGCAGCAAGAUCUUCUUCGGCAAAUUGAAGGUGCUUGCGCUCGCGCUGGGGAUGACGGAGGAGGAGGAAGUGAGGACAGGAAUCAGCGGUAUCAGUCAACGACUGUCGGGCGACGUGGGAUUGCUAUUCACCGAGUCGCCACCUGCGGAAGUGACCGAUUGGUUCAAGGAUUAUCAGCGGGUGGAUUUUGCUAGGGGUGGAUCGAAGGCGACCGAGACGAUCGAGUUGCCAGAAGGGCCGGUCAUGGCUCGUUCCAAUCCCCCCGACACGCUGCCACAUCCGGUGGAGCCGCAACUGCGACAGCUGGGCAUGCCCACAGAGUUGAAACGCGGAAUCCCUACGCUGCUGCAGGACUACGUCGUGUGCAAGCAGGGUCAAACACUCACCUCGAAUCAAGCGCAGAUCUUGAAGCACAUCCUCGUUCACAUGGCCGCUUUCCGUCUCAUUCCCCUGGCGUAUUGGAGCGCAGCCGAUGCCGAGGACAACAAGGGCGAACGCGGUGUCCACCUCAUCGACCUCUCGGAGCAGGACCAAGAGCUUGUCGGAAACCAGGCAGGCAAGAUCCGUGCGCCCAGUGACAACGGGUGGUCCAAGGACCGCAAGUCCAACGGCUCGAUCAAGAAGACCAACGGUCAGGACGAAGAUAGCGAUUCGGAUCAGGAUAUGCAGGACGACGAUGAGGAGGAGGACGACGACGACCAGGACGCCGAAGACGCCGUCACAAAAGACAUGAUGAUGCCGGAAGGACUUUGA